UAUUGUGAUUUAAGGUCACAUCGAAAUCAUUAUUCAUUCCAUACCCUAAACAACAAAAAAUGGCAAACAGGCAGAUGGAAAUAGAGACCGGAUUCCCAACGCCACCGUCCUCCGCCACUGAUCCUCCUCCUCCAUCACGGUGGUGGACACAACUGCAUUCAUUAUUCCUUCGUCGUAACGAACUCACUAAAGAAGAGAAAUCAGCUAUAUUUUUAAAACCCUAUUUGUGCGGCGGCUUGACAAUCUUAGCCUUUUUGAACAUCUUGUUACACAUCGACAAACUUUUCUGCCACGUCAGCUUCUCCGUCGAAUCCAUCUCCGUUUCCCCCUCCUCUUCCGCCACGUGGCACGUUGAUUUUCUCGUGAACCCGAGCUCAUGGUGUCCAAUCGACUACAACGGAGAUGACGUGUACGCCAAGCUAGGCUCCUUAAACGCCGCCGUUUUGAAAACCUCGCGCAAGCGUGGUUCACGUGGCGGUCACACGAGUUUCUCGGUGGAUUUAGCUAAGGAGGGUAAUCAAAGAGUUUUCGAAUUAGACAUGAAACUUAGCGCGAAGAAGAAAAGUCCUGCGUAUGGAUAUGAAUAUGGACAUCUCGAUAUCCGGUGUCAGAAUCUGACUAUUGGUUAUCAGAAGACUAAGUGUCAUUCGUCUUUCAAAGCGUUGGAGAACACGAUACCUAAGCUAUUGGAUUAGGAACUCUUCUUGCUUUCCGUUAGCUGUUUCUUUUUCUACAAAAAAAAUGGAUUUCUUUUAAUCCUCUUAUUUUAUUUUAUUGCAAGUGUUUCUUCUCGUGAAGUGAACUCUAUCAUUUCUUCAUCGUUAACAAAAUAUAUAAAAUUGUAACGGUA